UUCGGCAACACCGGAAUCUCAGUGUAAAAUAAUUCACACAACUUCAAAAGCACAAUUACUUGGUAAAAUUGAUUUUGAUAAUCUUAAUGGUGAAAAAUCUUACAGCGGCUACCUUGAAUUAUAUGCAAAUUCAAAGUUAAUGAACAUUAUAUAUAGUAAUGAACUUAAUCAUCGCCUUAAAGAUUCAAACGUUACGUCCACAGCAUGCCAUCCAGGAAUUAUACCAACAAAAAUUACUUCAAAAUUGUCGUUUUGGUUUUUUAUCAGGUUGUUCUCUAAAACACCUGAUAUUGGCGCAAUAAAUGUAAUAUACCCUGCAUUAGACCCGAACAUUGAUGAAGGUGGAAAGUAUUUUGAGGAAAGUGAAGAAGUAAAACCAAUUGAUCAGGCAUUAGACGAAGAUUUGGCUAAAAAGUUUUGGGAAAAGAGUGAAGAAUUAUUAAAUAAUUAUGAUGCCAGUCUUUUAAAAUGA